AUGUCUGAUAAUAUCCAAGUGAUAGUUCGUUGUCGAUCCCGAAAUGAGCGAGAAAUUGCAUCUAAUUCCCCUAGUAUUAUUGGACUUUCCAACGAUGUUUACUCUCUAGAUGAGCCGUUUGUUAGUGUCAACAAUACUCCAAUGUCACUGGUUUCAAGUGCAAUUUCCUCCUCUGGUAUCAAGUCUUCGCUUGCACAAGGAAAGGUUUUCAAGGUCGAUCAAGUGUACGGACCUAAUGCGGAUCAGGCACUUCUCUUCGAGAAUGUAGCUCUUCCGCUAUUUCAUGACUUUGUGAAUGGCCUCAACGUCACGAUAUUGGCAUAUGGUCAGACUGGAUCCGGAAAAACAUACACUAUGUGCGGAGAUUUAGAAGGAGAAAAUGCGGGAAUGAUUCCUCGUGUUCUCAAUAAACUAUUUGAUGUCCUUAGCAAUGAUUACUGUGUGAAAUUGUCGUGUGUUGAACUUUAUAAAGAAGAGCUCCGGGAUCUCAAUAGUGACGAUCCGGACGUUACUGCCAACAAAUCAAAACUUAGACUAGUGAAUGAUAACUCACGAAAGUCUGCAACAAUUCAGAAUUUAACAGAGGUUCCUAUCGAUAAUUCCGCCAUGGGGUUCCAAAUUCUACAAAGGUGCCUAAACAAAAGGAAGACUGGCGCAACAAAGAUGAACGACAUCUCUUCAAGAUCACAUACUGUAUUCACCAUAAACAUUUACAAGCAGGCAAACCCUUCGGACUGUACUUCAGAUUACCGUGUCUCUAAAAUGAAUCUUGUGGAUUUGGCUGGAUCAGAAGAUGUUAACAAGUCAGGGGCAAUUAACGAGCGCGCCCGUGAGGCUGGCUCUAUAAAUCAGAGUUUGCUUACUUUGGGAAAGGUAAUAAAUUCGUUGAGUGAAGGAAAGGAACCCAAGCACAUUCCAUAUCGGGAGUCAAAACUUACAAGACUUCUUCAGGGAUCUAUCGGCGGAAAAACGAAGACAGCAUUGAUUGCGGCAAUUUCUCCCGCAAAAAUCAAUGCACAUGAGACCAUAAGCACCUUGAACUAUGCCUCCAAGGCCAAGAACAUCAAGAACAUUCCGCAGUCGACGCAAGACAGUGAAAUGGUCCUCAAAAAGGUACUUGUCGCUGACUUAUCUAGCCAGAUUGCUCGUGUCACCAGGGACUUAUUAGCCUCAAGAGACAGGGAAGGGAAUAUCAAGAUGAGCGUGCAGAAUUACGAUGAUUACAACAAAAAGUUGACAUCUAUGGAAUCAAACUUAAUUGAGAAAAAUGCCGAAGUUCAAAGCAUGAUGAUGAGAAUGACUAGAAAAGAGGAUGAGAUUCAAGAACUUCAGAAACAGCUCAAAGAAGCUGAGGCUCUGAAAGAUGUUGCAAUUGCACAAUUGGCAAAAAAGAAUGAUGAAGUUGGAUCGCUCGAGUUACAAUUCUCAACCUUGAAAGAGAAAUAUGCUAUUAGGAAUGAGCAGCUUGCUGAAGUUAUGCUGCUUAACAUUAGCGAUAUCAAUGAUAACCUUGCAAGAUUUCAACGCUCUAUUAUGGAUGACAAAUCUCUGAUAGGCAGUCAACUUGAAUCUCUUAAAAUCGAGAUGGUUCAUCAGGUCCAACAACUAAAAACGAACUUGAGGAAGAAGGGCAAUGAAGUUCAACAAUUAAUACGGUCAGAACUUGAUUGUCAGCAAACUGCAAUUUUGAAAAGUCUAGAUGUCUCGCCUUAUCUUGGCCAAAUUUCCAAAUUUGACUUAGGUAAGCCAAUUCAGUCACUUCAAGAUAGUCACAAGCAGUUUUCGAGAGACCUUGAUGUGAUUCUUAAUCCAGAUUCUACUCCUUUCAAAGCAAUUAUUGAGAGAUCAGAUUCUCAAUAUUUGUCCAAAACAAUUGAAUUGAAAGAGAGAAUCCUUACGAAUAUCUCCUCGACAAUUGAAGAUAUUUUCAGCAAUAACAAGCAGGCUUUUGCUGACUCAUUGAAGCUGACUGUUUCAGAAGUGCUCAAUACUGGAGGCAAGAGAAUUGCACUGAUCCUGACUAAACACAGUGAUAGCUUGGCUCCAAUUUACGACCAGAUCGAAUUCGCGAACAAAAACUUCAAGAAUAAUCUAUCUGGUUUGGAAUCUCAUCUUGAAAGGGAGACAUAUUCAACAAUUCAAAAUACCGGAGAGAGUGUGAGAACUAAGCUUACAAGUGCUGUUGAACUAUUUAUGGAGCUGAACCUUGCGGAUGACUAUCCCACAAAGAUUCAAAAGUCAAUUGACAUUGCAAAAAAGGGUCUUGAAAAUAUAGGGACUUCAACAACAAAAAAUCACCUUCGAACAACUGGAGUCUUCAAUAAUUUCAGAUCUGUGUUGGCGAAUAUUGACACUACUCCCAACACUACGAGGUCAAUUCCUGCAUCCCCAAAGAGAUCUCCGAUCGGUUCUCCAGUGGGAAACUCACCCAAGAGAAGGCAACAACUUUCGGUGGUUUCAAACACAAGUGUUCUUCACCGAAGUCAAAUUCCGCAACUAAGCCAUUCCACAAGGUCGAACGUUUGA